AUGGACGAUAUUGAAAACAUGGUUCAAAACAUCAAGGAAAAAAUUGGCCAACAGUAUUUUCAGGCAGAUUUUAAAGGUAACUUCUACUGGUGGAGAAUCAGUGCAAAAGCUGACAAAAAGUUCCUCAGACAGAUUUUUAAGGCAACCCAAGUAACUCAACCUGAGCUGGAUAUCAUCAGUGUAUUACCAGGUCAUAUAAAAGAUGAUAUACUGUCUUGUCUGCCAUUAAGGGAUGCGAUUAGAACCUCUGUUCUAUCCAAAAAAUGGAAGAACCAAUGGCGCACUAUACGAGAGCUUGUUUUUGACACUGAUAAUGUCUUUUCUGAACUUCCCCAAAACCCUGUAAUGGUGGAAAUGAAAAUUUACAAUAUUAUUUAUCACGUUCUUCUAAAUCAUUCAGGACCCAUAGACCUAUUUAGUUUUUUAGACUCUACUGGUGAUAUGAAUGUUAGGAGCCAUGGAACUGAAUUCGACAGCUGGUUACUUUAUCUAUCUAAAAGAAAUGUUCAGUCGCUUGUUCUGGACUUUUCUAAGGAAGAGACUUAUUCGAUACCAUGGUGUUUAUUUACUUUUCAACAUUUAAGGCAUUUAGACUUAAGUUGUUGUAGCCUCAAACCUCCACCAACUUUUGGUGGCAUGUGUAAUCUGAAAACUCUAAAGUUGACUAAGGUUAACAUCUCUCAAGUGGAUUUGGAAAAUGUAAUACGGAUCUGCCCUGAACUUGAGUACUUAACAUUGGUUGGAAUUGAAGGAUUCAGUCGAAUCAACAUCAAUGCACCUAGUCUAAAAUCGUUUGCCAUACUUGGUCCAGCGGUAGAAUUUAACCUCCAAUAUAAGUUUCAAUUGACUCAUCUGAGUAUGUUGUUUUCCACUGAAAUAAAUCGAUAUCCACCCUCAAGCAAUUUGACUACAGUAUUUGGAGGUCUACCUCUCCUGAAGAAACUUUUCCUUAGUAGAAAAGUUUUAAAGUAUUUUACUGCAGGGGCAGGUGUUGUGCCUGUAAACCUUCCAACACCCUUAAAUAAUUUAGGUUACUUAUAUUUAAGUAUCAAAUUCAGUAACAAGAUGGAGUUAUCUGCCUCUCUGUGCCUGCUUCGAAGCUCACCGAAUCUUCAAAGAUUCGAAAUUACUGUGAGAUGUCUUAUCUUUACUCUUUUAUUAGGCUAUUCAAUUGUGUCUAGCAAUGUUUCACCGCCUUUAAACAAUUACAUGUAG